AUGGACGGAACUUUACGAAACACACCGACCCCUAUCGCAUCAGAAGAGCGUGAGAAGGAAAGACUGAGAGAAGCAGAGGCUCUGCCGGCUGUUGCAGAGACAAGUUUCGAAUCGUCGACCAUCCGCCCGGUGACGGCUUCUUCAUCAUCAGGACCUGGUUCCAGAGGUUCCGAUACCACUAACAAGAACGUGGUCUCACAACUCCAGCAUGGCAGGUCUGUGUCUGCAGCCGCGACUAGUGCGUCGGGAUCCUCAGGUCCGAAUAUUGAAGUCUACGACGUGAGCUCGCCCUCUCAGUACUCGAGCACGCCGCCGGAGCAUUCAAGAUCAAACUCAUACAACGUCAUUCGCUAUGCAAAAUCCACAGAGAGUAUGGCGUCCGUUCAAUAUGCCGAGGUCCGACCACCUACAGCACAGUCGUUAUCUGCAAGCAGUGCAUGGUCUGCGAGCGAAACCGAGAACCUGCCACCACUUUCUGUCGCCAAGAAGCGAUCGCACCUGCACUCUGCAUCUGCAUCUGCAGGCGUGGUGCGCAUGUCAAAUCUCUCAACCAUCGCAUCCGAGUCCGAGCCCUCCAGCCAGUCAAUUAUCCGUGAAUUCAGUGAAGACAUAUUCACAUCACCACCAGCUGUGCAACCUCAGUCGCAAUCAGGAAACUGGUACGUCAGACGCCAGACAAUUGGCUCCAGCUCAUACUCGUCAAUCAUCACCGACAGCAACUACAUGUCUGCCGAGAGCUCUCGCUGGGAGCUGGAUCGAGAGAACUCUGCAGUUCCGGAGCCGUUGUUCUCAAGCAGUCCCCAUGGUAUCGAACAACAGAGCAGUCCAAUAGACGUGCACCCGAGCUCAUCGGGCAUUCACGAACUUUCCGCCGAGCAUCCCUCAGAGCAGGAUGACACUAUCGCUGAGUUACAGUCUCACCCGUUACGUACUCAGAGGUCGGGUCUGCUCCCUCGUGGAAGGUCGUUCUCGGAGCCUCGCCCGGUAUCCGCACGUUCAAAUCAUACUCUGGCAACCAUGAAUAAUCCCGAUCGCACGUCUCAAGGCUCUUCUAUCUUCCCACAGUGGGCCAAGUCCUUCUAUCGCGGUAAGCUGCACUUCCCUCAUGGAAACGAGAGCACGGUCAGUCUCGCUCUUUCGGACGGACAAUUACCUCAGCACAGCUCGGCCGCUCAAUCUGUACGCAUGAUGCCCUGGGCACACCAUCGUCGUUGGGAAAGUGCUGGAAACAGCUUGAUGAGCCUGCCGCAGUCUCAAGGCACACCUCACAAUGCCUCUCCGAAAUCAUCUCACUUCCUCCCGAGCAUCUUUCGCCCCUACCAUCCUCGAGCAAACAUGAACCAAAGCCAGUCCACAAACGACAUGUCUAUCGUCACACGGAGCAGCAGUCUGGCUGAGUUGUAUGUCGACGAAAGUCAACUCGACUUCAGUGACGGCGCUAGCUCGAGUUCAAGCUCGACGGAUAGCAUGGCUAUCACAGCGAUCCCUCGCGGCAGACACAACUCCGCACCUGCCUACCAACCACCACGCCGGCAGCAAACGGUCAACUCUGGACGCGCAAUCCCCCGCGAUCAGACCUACAGCUCUUCCAAUUACCCACAGUCCCUCGCCGCUAGUCGCAUGUACACUACUCCACCUCACCUGGCACCCUCCCGCCGCCUGUCCCACCGUCUCUCCACCUGGCGCGCACCCAGUUUCGACGAAGCACUAAACACUCUUGUAAUAUCCCGCGGCAAUCGCCAGAUCCUCUUCUUCUGCCUUGGCUUCUUGUGCCCUGUUCUCUGGAUGGUUGCCGCCUUCCUCCCCUUGCCGCUCAGACCGACCGACUUUACCGUAAACAACGUCGAAUCCUCCAUCCAAGACUUCUCCGAACUUGAAGGCGAGAAGAGCCACUACCCGCGUGGUCUCCAAGCCGAGAUGCGCAACUGGGACCAAGAGCGCAAGUACCUCAAGGCUCGCUGGUGGAGAAACCUUAACCGCAUCAUGAGUUUUGUGGGCGUUGCCAUGAUUGGCGCCAUCAUCGCUCUUGCCGUGAUCGCUUCCAAGUAA